AUGGACCUGGUGGAUGCUGAGGACCGCUCGUCUCCUCUCUCCUUCCCAAUUGGCCUCAGCAGGGCUCGCCGCAAAAAUCACAUGUUUGGUGCCUACGAGGAGGCCCUUUCCGUCGGCAUCCGCUAUCUGCGCCAGGCGCCUACGAGUCAACAAUAUCCUGCUCAUUCCCUCCCUCCCAUCCUCGUCUCCGCCAUCACUGAAUACGACGUCUUGAGAGAAAUGCUUGUUCUCCAGGGCGGCUUCGUGUAG